UGUUAAUUGAUGUUAUGAAUGUGUUUCUAAUUUAAGAACUUGAUUCUAUUUCUCCCUCAUUAGGAACAAAAGAGUGGGGCUGCAAUUCUUCUACUUGUUCUCCUGGACUCUUCAUCUACUCCUUUUUGCCUUUUGGUGUCUCUCUUAUUCACUACUUGCAUUCUUCAGUCUCUUUUAUUCUAUUAUAAAUUUCGCAUUGGACAUGACAUUCACAUAGCUUAUCCUUUCACCUUUUUCCUCCUCCUUAAACCCUAUCACACUCUCCCUAAACCCUAAAUCCCUAACCUCUUCGCCACAACAGCAUUUCAAUCUCAACAUUCUCCAGCAUUGGCGCCGAAGGCCUAAUUCCACUCUGUGGUCCUCCACCUCCUCGUUCUCGGAGAAGCACCACACGAACUCCUCAAACUUUGAUGUUCCCUCUCCCUUUGGUCCUCUUCUCGGGCACCAUCCUCCCCUGAUGCGCAUGCUCCUCUACACCACCGGUGGAAUCCUAAACUGUGGCCUCAGUCACAUGGUUGUCACUCCUCUUGACCUAGUCAAGUGUAAUAUGCAGAAAAUGUUGGUUUAUCUCUCUCUUAUGGGUUGUCCUUAAAUGGUCUCUUGUUCUGGCUUGUCUACAUGAGUUGUUUAAUCAAAAACAAAAUGGUGUUUGUGGAAAAGAUACAACAGCUCACAAAUAUUCCAUCUGAACCAACAUGGAAUAUCAGGCAUCAUCUUCCUCCUUCAAAUUGGCCAGUUGAAGGCAAUGUAGAUAUCAAAGACUUGCAGGUUAGAUAUCAUCUAAACACUCCUCUGGUUCUUAAAGGCAUUAGCAUUAGUGGAGGUGAAAAGGUUGGUGUUGUUGGUCGAACUGGGAGCGAAAAGUCAACUUUAAUUCAAGUAUUCUUUAGGCUGGUGGAACCUUCAAGAGGGAAAAUAACAAUUGAUGAUAUUGAAAUAUUCGCUUUGGGGCUUCGUGAUCUUAGAUCACGGUUUGGUAUCAUUCCUCAGGAGCUGAUCCUUUUUGUGUAUGGAUGAUUGUUUAUCUUAAUUUUGUAGGUCUUAUAAUAUUGCAUAUAUUUAAACACUCUACACAAAAAUUCACUUGAAUAGUCGAAUGCUAAAGCUUACUUUUGUGCUUUAUACCAUACUUGAAAAA